AUGAGUCAGAUGGAGUGCGACAAGCGAUUCAGCAGCGACUACAUGCUGCUGAAUCACGAGGAGCUGAGCCUCUCCGACCUCUUCCGCCUCCUCUUCUCGUCGGACGUCGAGAAGAGGAAGAUGGUGGACAGCAAGGAGAACAAGGAAGAGAGCUUCGAGCGGAGGUGGCUCAUGUUCGUCUCCAUCGUGGUCCAGAAGACCCUGCAGUUCUUCUCCAGGCCGCUCGCAUUGGUCGGGUCGUGCGUCGAGAUGUGGCUCGGCCUCUUGUCGAGCAACGGCGGCUUUGGCGGGCUCUUGCUCAACGUUCUCACGGGGAAAGUGGUGGUUCCUGACAAGGAAUCGGCGACGUUCGUUUCCUUCAUUGGGAAUUUCGACAAGCGGACGGAGUUGGACAAGAGUAUUGAGAUUGGAGAUCCGAGGUACAAUGCGGCACUUGCUAUGAUGGCCGCCAAAGCUUCGUACGAGAAUCCGAUCUACAUUCAAACUAUUGUCAACAAUCAUUGGCAGAUGGAGUUCUUGGGAUCUUUCGACUUCUGGAAUGAGUACCAAAACAAAGCCACGACGCAGGCGUUCCUCAUGCGCGACACAACACAACCCGGCGAAGCAGAAACCAUCGUGGUGUCCUUCCGUGGGACGGAGCCGUUCGACGCCGACGCGUGGUGCUCCGACUUCGACAUCUCGUGGUACGAGUUUCCCGGAGUGGGCCGGGUCCACGGCGGGUUCAUGAAGGCUUUAGGCCUACAAAAGUCUCUGGGCUGGCCCAAUACUCUCCAACAACAAGAAACCCACUCCUCGGCCCGGCCCAAUUAUAAAUUCGCGUACUACGAGAUCAGAGAAAUGCUGAGGGAACUCAUGGGCCGGAACGACCGGGCGAAGUACGUCGUGACCGGACACAGCCUCGGCGGCGCGCUGGCGGUCCUGUUCGCGGCGGUGCUGACUUUCCACGGCGAGGAGAUGCUGCUGGAGAGGAUGGAAGGGAUUUACGCGUUCGGGCAGCCGCGAGUCGGGGACGAGAAGUUUGGCGUGUACAUGAAGCGGAAGCUGGAUGAGUAUGGGAUACGUUACUACCGGUUUGUUUACGGAUACGACAUCGUAACGAGGUUGCCGUACGAUAAUUCCGCGCUUAUGUUCAAGCAUUUUGGGACCUGCAUCUACUUCGACCGCAACUACCAAGCACAGGUGGUCGUGGAGGAGCCAAACAAGAAUUAUUUCUCGCUAAUGGGGACACUAACCAUGAUUUGGAAUGCAAUGAUGGAGAUCAUUAGAAGCUUUACGAUAUGCAGAUCCCAUGGAGAAGAGUACAGAGAAGGAUGGUUCAUGAGGCUGUUUAGGAUAAUGGGGUUGCUAAUCCCAGGGAUUCCAGCUCAUUGCCCUCAGGAUUAUGUUAAUUCUACUCGGUUGGGGCCUCCCCACCUUUUCUCGUCAUCAUUAUAA